AUGGAGGAGCUGCUCAUGAUCCUAAUUAGUUCUGUGCUUGUGUGUGUAUCUCUCUACUACUACAUUUUUAAGAUUCGUGUCAACGGCACGAAAAAUAAACGACUUGAUCAGCAUAAACUCCCACCGGGAAGCACAGGCUGGCCAAUCAUAGGUGAAACCCUCGAGUAUCUAAGGACAGGAAAAAAGGGUGUCCCAGAAAAGUUCAUAGCAGACAGGAGGAACAAGUACAAGAACUCUUCCUACUACUCCUCUGCGAAUUGCAAGGUCUUCAAGACAUCGUUGCUGUUCGAAGACAUGGCCGUGCUCUGCACUGCCGCCGGAAACAAGUUCCUGUUUUCAAACGAGAAGAAGCUGAUCAAGUCAUGGUGGCCGCCUCACUUGGACAAGCUCAUAUUUGCCGACUCUGCUCCUGACGAGAAAGCGAAAGCAUUCAUCACCGAAGAGUCCACCCGAUUUCGCAAUACUAUGGCUCCAUAUCUCAAGCCCGCGGGUCUCCAAAAGUAUGUUGGGACCAUGGACACUUUCACCAAAAAACAUCUGGAUAUGUACUGGGAAGAUGGAAAAGAUGAUGAUCAAGUGAUCAAGGCUCACCCGCUUGCAAAGAGGUAUGCGGUCACAAUGGCAUGCAGGCUCAUGUUAGACACAGAGGAUCAACAAGUAUUUAACAAACUAGAAAACCUAACGAAGGAUUUGUCUUCAGGGUUCACUUCAUUGCCAAUCGAUCUGCCCGGCACGCAGUUUAACCGUGCGAUUCGAGGGUCCAGGCAACUCAGGGAAGAAAUUAAGAAUAUUGUCACUCAAAGGAGGAUACAUCUUUCCACUCGUAAGGUGGACGAAGAUGUUGAUGGUUUAGAUAUUUUGUCCAGCUUGAUCAUGGACACAAGUAGCGACGGGCAAGGGCUGAGCGACUCGGAGAUUGCCAGCAAGUUGUACGGCGUUAUAGUUAGUGGCUAUGACACUUUCAGCAGCACGUUGGCUGCCAUUGUCAUGUGUCUAGCAGAGCUUCCUCAUGUCUAUGAUGCCGUCCUUCAGCAAAGGCAGAUUGCAGAGUCAAAAGCAGCAGGAGAGCUGUUGAACUGGGCGGAUAUACAAAAGAUGAAAUAUUCAUGGAGCGUGGCAUGUGAAGUUAUGCGAUUGUUGCCACCAAAUUCCGGGACUUUUAGGGAAGCCACUUCCGACUUCGUCUAUGAAGGAUAUCUGAUUCCAAAAGGAAUGAAGCUGAAGUGGAGCGUGCAUUCGACACAUAAAAACCCAGAGUACUUCCCAGAUCCAGAAAAGUUUGAUCCGUCGAGGUUUGAGGGACAAGGACCACCUCCUUACUCAUUUGUUCCUUUUGGAGGAGGACCUCGGAUGUGUCCAGGCAAAGAAUAUUCUCGGCUCAAAAUGUUGGUGUUCAUGCACAACGUUGUCACCAGAUACAGAUGGGAGAAGGUUUUUCCUGACGAGAAAUUCGUGUGGAACCCAGCGCUUGUUUCUACCAAAGGACUUCCAAUUCGGGUUUUCCCUCACAAUAAAUCACAGUCCAACUAA